AUGGCGACGAAAGUCUCGGCUGUUGGGCUGUUCAUAUUACUUUUACCAUGUUCUUUGUCAGAAGAUCGUUUGAUUUACAUCGGAAAGGUGGUUGAUGCAUUGGAAAGACUUGUAAAUUACUAUAAAUUGAACUACGAAGACUUGAACGUGGACGGUUUAUUUGGAUUGCGUGUUGUAGAGGCUAAUAACAGUGCUGUGGAAUAUGUUCAAAAAGAUGACGAGGAAUAUUUCCAGAAACUGCGAUUUGUGGUUGGAAAGCCUUGGGAGUUCUUAAAAAAACAUAAAGAACUUAAGAAUCAGCUUCGCUGGCACCCAGAUUUAUACCUACGACGAAGAAAAACCAAGUUGAAUGAGGAUGUGUCAGACAGGUGUAUGGCAGAACUGAUGGGGACCAACUCCAACUCCAAGACAACAUGUGAGAUUAGUGACUUUUGUAUCCAGAUGAUGACAACAACUGGUCUUUCUGGCUAUGGUAUCACCCACCAGCUCCUGUGGACAGUAUUGGCAGAACAGCAUGGAUGUCGGUCAACACUGAAUGGAAUGCUGACCGAAAAAGGACAAAGAUCACUUGAGGACUACAGGGAGGAGUUUUGUGCCAACAAUUUUUAUGAGAUGACAGACUUGCAUCUCCAUGGAAUCAUCACACCAAAAUACCAAGAUUUAUUUUUGGAACAACAAUUUGUAUGUCCAAGAAAGGGUUGCCUUGCCCACAAGACUGCGGUGGCAGCGGGGGCACUAGUCAUGUAUUUACGUUACCUGAUUGAUCCUGGGCCUAUGGACAUACAGCGAAAAAUAAUAGAUCCCAGUCAACACCGCUUUCUCAUGAGUAGAGAAGUCGUGAGGCACCAGUCUGUAACAAAUGCUUCUCUCUUGGGUGAAGAUGAGGACAAGGGACAUUUGGUGAGAGAUGAACGUUUAAUGAAAUCAUUCAAGGCUGGGAUAGCCGAUGCAGGUCAUGUGAUAAAUGGAAAUGCUCCCAAACUUGGUAUUGAAGAAGAUUAUGAGGAAAUUGAGGAGCAAAACAACCAAGCUCAGUUGAAUCUCAAUAAUGAAGAGGGUGAUGGAAAUUAUUAUGCUCAUAAUGGAAAUGAAGAAGAGGGCUAUGAUGAAAAAAAUAAGGAAGGUGUACAGGAUCAGAACAAGGAUAAACAGCACAUGCAAGUGCAAUUUGAUCGUGGACCUGUAGUGAAUGCUGAUAUUGGUCAUAAAGAUGUACGUGAUGGUUAUGAGGAAGAGGGCUAUAAAGACAAUAAUCACAAUGAAAAUGAAGACGGAGACUAUGAUGAAGAGAAAGCUUUGAAUAAUUUUAAGAAUGAUGUUAAUCAUAUACAAAUUGGCAGGAAACCAGUGAUUCCGAAAGCAGAUGAAACAGAUUAUACUUAUUAUGAUGAAAAAGAGCAACAUAAUGGCUAUAAUAAUUUUAACAAUUUUGACGAAGAAGAGGGGGAUGUUGCAGAGACUAAAAAGAAAGUACUUCAGCCAGUCCAGGUUCUGGAGGAUAAAGUAGAGAGAAUAAAAAAAGAGACGCUAUCUGUAGAUACUUUAGCACAUGUCAACAAUAGUACUAGUCCCCCUAACACCUUAUUUUUGGUGGUGUGUGCUAGUAUGCUACUUGUAGUUUUCUUUAUGUACAGGUUUAUUAGGUCACGCAGAGUACACAUCCGUUACCACCCUAGACCCUUUGUACGUUUAUGA